AGAACAAUCCGAUUUCUUGUACUGACAAGAAUAGAGACCAAAAAAAGAAAAGUAACAUUAUUAGUGUUUAGCCUGUUAGGGUAGAGACGGUAAUACCGUAAUAUAUUUAAAACCAAGCCCCUAAAUCUCAAACUUAUGAAGACCUAAUAAAAUCCCCAAUUUCAAACACAAGUCCACCACCUUCAUCACUCAUCUUUCUCACCCACCGGAAGCAGUUUUUUCUCCGGCUGAAAAUUUGGGAGGAGAAUCGAAGAAUAAGAAAUGUUCGGAGUAGUUUUCCCGAACCGGAGCUUCCCAAUGGACAUCUCUUCCUUCACUCAAAUCGACACCACACAUUGGCUCCUCGAUAUGAACACCUUCGUCGGCGAGGCGUACGAUUCAAUCCGGGAAGUGUGCAUCUUCCUUCUCAACAACUUCACGCUCCCGCCGGACAAGGCCCUGGCCGUUUACAUCCAAUCGCCGGGAUCGCCGUUCCUCUUCUGCGGCGCCGUCACGCUAAGCCGCCCCUCCGCCGUGCUCUCCCUGCCGUGGCCGGAGCCCGGCGGCGAGCUCCAGCUCACCGCCGACGCCACUCCGCUGUCCGCGAAGAUCGGCGUGUCCGUUGAGGAGCUGGCGACGCUGCCGUCCCUGGACGUGGCCGCGGAGAAGAAGAUCGAGAGGCUAGCGAUGAAAGUGGGGGAGAAUUUGUUCAAUUUCAUGCAGUCGUUUUGCGGAGUGGACGGGAGCAAGCUGAUUGUGCCCAUGGACAUUUUAGACCGCUGGUUCAAGAAAUUCCAGGAACGGGCCAAACGUGACCCGGAAUAUCUCAAAGGUUUUGCUCUCUAGUUUCAUUCAAUUUUCAAUUUUCAAUUUUGUGUGCGUAUAUCAUAUGUUCAGAUUCAGAUCCCUUCCUUCCCAAUGAAAUCUAUGUGUUGUGAUUUCUGCAAAUUCGCUCUAAAGAAUUGAAAUUAGGGUUCUUCUUCUUCGACCUUCAGGGUAUGCGCUUUGUAAAUUAAACUAACUCUUUUUUAUUUUUAUUUUUUCCCUUUAUUAAUUUCUUCUUGCUCGAA